CUUAAGAGAUUUAAUGGAUCUCGUUUUAUGGAUACUUUAACGCGUAACUUUUCUAAGAGCGGAAGUUGAAGCUCCAGAUUUCGGAUGACUUUUCGGUGUAGGCAGAACGCUAAAAGGGGGGGUCGAAGUUUUGGGAAAGCCCUUCUUCAAGUGCUGACGCGUACAGGGGAACGUGCAAUAGACUCUCAAGCUUCGUGGGUCUACUUUCGCCAUGCUACUUCACUGUCUGUUGAUCUGGACACUUUUGGCCCAAAGUCAUGGCUACUUCUCGGAGGAAAAAUACCCAGAGGAGUCCAAAAUGCAGCCUCCUACCGUGGUCAUCGCUAUCAUAGCCCGAAACGCUGCUCACUCACUGCCUUACUACCUCGGGGCUCUGGAAAGACUGACCUACCCUAAAGAACGCAUCUCAAUAUGGGCAGCCACAGACCACAACUCCGACAACACCACAGCUAUACUUAAAGAAUGGCUGACUAUUAUGCAGAAGUAUUACCAUUAUGUUGAAUGGAGACCGAUGGACCAGCCGACGUCUUAUGCAGGUGAAUUGGGUCCGAAACACUGGCCAAACACCAGAUAUGAGUAUGUGAUGAAACUGAAGCAGGCGGCACUGAACUUUGCGAGGAAACACUGGGCUGACUACAUAUUGUAUGCUGACACAGACAAUAUCCUCACCAACCCAGAGAUACUCAACUUGAUGAUAGCUGAGAACAAGUCCGUUAUCGCCCCUAUGCUGGACUCACAGGGAGCGUACUCCAACUUCUGGUGUGGCAUUACUCCACAGGGGUACUAUCGCCGAACUGCAGAGUAUUUCCCCACCCGACACCGCAAUAAAGUUGGCUGCUUCCCAGUGCCCAUGGUCCACUCCACAAUGCUGCUGGAUCUGAGGAAGGAGGGCAUGAAGAAACUGGCCUUCUUCCCCCCACACAAAGACUACUCCUGGCCUUACGAUGACAUUAUAGUUUUUGCCUUCUCUUGUCGGGCAGCAGAAAUCCAGAUGUAUUUGUGCAAUAAGGAGCGCUAUGGUUAUCUGAACGUGCCACCUAAACCUCACCAGACUCUGGAAGAUGACCGGCUCAACUUUGUUCAUCUCCAUUUAGAAUCUAUGAUUGAUGGUCCACCCAUGUUACCAUCUCGUCAUGUCCACAUGGAACCCAAACAGAGAGACCUCAUGGGAUUUGAUGAAAUAUUUCUCAUAAAUCUCCAGCGUCGCCCUGACCGCAGAGACAGGAUGUUAUAUUCUCUGAAUGAGCUGGAAAUUGAUGUGAAGGUGGUGCCUGCUGUGGAUGGAAAUGCCUUGAACAGUAGUGAUAUAAAGAUUCUGGGGGUGGACCUCCUGCCUGGUUAUCAUGACCCAUUCUCUGGACGCACUCUGACCAAAGGUGAAGUGGGCUGCUUUCUGAGCCAUUUCUUCAUCUGGAAGGAGAUUGUGGAUGUUCAAAUGGACAAAGCUCUGAUCUUUGAAGAUGACAUCCGAUUCCAAGCUAACUUCAAACGCAGAGUGCUCAGACUGAUGGAGGAGGUGGAACAGGCAGAGCUGGACUGGGAUAUCAUAUACUUGGGCAGAAAGAAGGUGAUCCCUGGAGAAGAGGAGCCUGUAGAUAACAUCCAUAACUUGGUGUGGGCAGACUACUCUUUCUGGACUCUGUCUUAUGCCAUCUCUUUACAAGGAGCACAGAAACUGCUCAAUGCUGAACCGCUUUCCAAAAUGCUGCCAGUUGAUGAAUUUCUUCCCAUCAUGUACGACAAGCAUCCCAAUGAGGAUUACAAAUCCCAUUUCCUCAAUAGAAAUUUACAAGCCUUCAGCACACGCCCCCUAUUGGUUGAGCCAAGUAAAUACGCAGGCGAUCCUGAGUGGGUGAGUGACACGGAGACGUCCACUAUCUGGGAUGAUGAUUCAGUGCGCACCGAUUGGAGAGGCUCGCACAAGAUACUCAAAGGAUCAUCACCUCCAGAGAUGCUGUCCAGUGCCUACAGGGACGAACUUUAGAGAAAAACUCAAAUGCUGUGAAGAGUAUAUGAGUCUAAAAGGCAGUGGGCUGCAAAGACUAAAGAGGAAAGACAAAACUUGUUUGCACAUAGCCUUUACAACUGGACAUCGAUGAAGCAUGGAAAAGUGGUUUGUUCUUUUGGAAAAAAAACAAAACAAAACAAAAAAAACAACAACAGAUUUUUCCAAUAUAAUUAAGGACAUUCUUUUGAGAGGAACUUGCACAGUCUAAGAACAAUUCACCCUUAUGCACCCCUACAUUGUGUAUAUAGGGUGUUUUAUAUUUUUCUUGUGAGAGGACUUGAUCCAUUUGCACAGUAAUACUAGUUGUGCACAUAUCUCAUGUAAUUUAAAAUGUUUGAUGUUUUCUUCUCUUGCAUUUUUUCGAUAGCCUGCUAAAAAGGCUAAAUACUGCAAAGACACUGGUUGACAGAUCAUUCAUUCAAGAUUGUGCAUGUAUGAUUUUCUAAAAAUUGUAAACACAUUUGUACUUUUUAAAGGUCUACAGUGUAUGCAAGUUGCCAAAUUAUGAAUGGGUGAAACAACAACAACAACACUUUUGUAUUUCAUGAUGUGCUUUGUGUAUGGAACUCUGCCUAAUUUAUUAAUGGUAUAUUUUGGUUGCAGACGACAUUUUUUUUUUUUUUAAAACCAAAGCCUGUGUCGGCCUACAUAUAUAUAUAAUGUG